AUGCCGUGCUUCCCCCAGCCUUACACCUCGACAGUCUCGCAUUGGCAGCAGACUAAUCGCGGGCCCAAGUCGCUGUGGGACCAUGGGCGCGAUGCCAAGCUACCCACGGAGAUUGUCGACUACGUGAUUGUCGGCGCAGGUGCGACAGGCGCGGCGCUGGCAUACUUCCUCUCUCGACUUGGAGGAGCUGCGGUCGGCAAGAAGGUGGUGAUACUGGACGCUAAGGACGUGGCAUCUGGAGCAUCUGGACGGAACGGUGGGCAUGUCGUCGGGCAGAGCUGGCAGCAGCUCACCCCUCUCAUGGCGCCACUUGACGAGGGUGGCGCAGGCCUGAGCGCUGAUGACGCGAUCGACGUCAUCAUGUUUGAGCAGAGCAACAUCGACCUGGUGGAGAGUAUCGUGCAGUCCGAAGGCAUCGAUGCAGACUUUUGGCGCGGCAGCCGCGUCGAGGUCCUCCGAACUCCUGCGGGUGCCGCCGACAACUUGCGCAACUACGAGCUCAUGCGGAAGCUCCUUAAGACGCACCCUAAGCACAAGGGACGCGUGCUCGACUGGGAGAUCGUGACAGACCCCGUCGCAGUGAAGAAGCUAUCUCGCACGCGAGGAGCGGUUCAGGCCAACCGGAUCCCCGGAGGCUCAUGGCAUCCCCACAAGGGAGUGACGGCGUUCCUGCGCCUCGCGCUCGAGUCAAAGUCUGCAGACGUCAGCUUCUACUCAUGGGCCCCUGUGGCUGGCUUUAGCCAGGAGGCGGACGGUACAGUGACUGUUGAUUGUGCUGCGCGUGGAAAGAUGCGCGCUCGCAACGUCAUCCUGGCAACGAACGCGUACACACAGCACGUACUUCCCGAGCUGAAGGACAUCCUGGUGCCAGUGCACUCUCAUUCGUCACUUAUCACUUCGCCCGCAAGUUAUGCCGGACCCCGUGCGCUCCAGACGACGUUCGGUCUCGAGGCAGGCUCCUACGUCAUCCAGACACCCGACAGCGGCCUCGUGGUCGGCCCCUACCCAAAGGCGUUGUUUGGGAGCCGUAUCCUCAAGCCAGACCAGGUCUAUGGCAUCGACGAUGACAGCUUUGUGCGGCCCGAGGUCAAGCACUGGCUUGCCAACCACUGUCGCGACACCUUUGUCGGCUGGGGAAAGGAAGCAGACGGAGAGGGGCUGACCAAGUGCUGGACCGGCAUCAUCGGCCACAGUGUGGACAACCUCCCAAUGGUCGGCGCUGUGCCCGGUCGCCCUGGCGUGUGGAUAGCCGCCGGAUACAAUGGCCGCGGCAUGGCACUCAUCCACAGCGUCACGCGGGGGCUGGCUCACCAGCUCAAGACGGGCCAGUGGGAUGAGCGCGUGCCCCGCACCUUCCAAGUCUCGGACGCGCGCAUCAAGCGUGCGCGGGAGCGUGCCCUCCACCCUCUCGACUACCCAGUCACUGGUCUUGAGUACCGCACGAUAGAGAAGAGCAAUUUGUAG